CUGGGGUAGGUGCCAGUCAGGUGUCAUUAGGCUUCAGGAUGCUGGAGGGGAUUGAUGGGCUGUGCUACUCAGUGCUGGGGCUCCUGCUGGCCUUCCUGGCUGUACAAGGGGCCAAACGUUACCUCUUCAGAAAAAGCCAGAGCUUUCCUGCACCUCCCUGUAUCAGCGGCUGGAUACCAUGGCUGAGGGCUGCGCUAGAGAUGGGCAAAGCCCCCCUGGAAUUUAUAGAACAAGCCAGGCAGAAGCACGGUCCAGUCUUCACGGUGAUGGCGGCUGGGAACAGGCUUACCUUUGUGAGCGGAGAGGAAGGAGUGUCAAAGUUCUUUACAUCCAAGCUGGUGGAUUUCCAGCACGCUGUGCAGAAGCCGGUCCAGUACACAGCUUCUAUUAGGAAGGAGAACUUCUACAAGACGCACAGCAAUAUGCACGAUAUGCUGAAGCUGAGACUGUCCCAGAACAGGCUGGGUCCCUACAUCCCCCGAAUGUGCAAGGAGUUCAAUGCACAGCUGGGGCAGCUGGAGUCCCAGGGCACCGAGGACCUCUAUGACCUGGUAAGGCGCAUCAUGUAUCCAGCCGUGGUGGACAAUUUUUUUGGAAAAGGGAUGUGCCCUACUAGUAAGGAUACCAUAGAAGAAUUUCAGGAGCAUUUCCGGAGGUUCGAUGACGGCUUUGAGUAUGGAUCACAAAUACCUGAGUGGUUUCUAAGAGAUUGGGCCCAGUCCAAGUGGUGGCUGCUGAACUUAUUUAAGAACAUUGUCGCUGAAGCCGAGCAAAAUAAACCGCCUGAGGACAGCAGUAAGACCUUAUUCCAUCAUCUGUUGGAUGUUCUUAAAGGCAAUUCCACCUACAACAACUGCUUGUUACUUCUGUGGGCAUCACAGGCAAAUGCCAACCCGGUCACAUUUUGGGCCCUUGCAUUUAUGAUCUCAGAGCCUGAAAUUUACAGGAAAGCCAUGAGUGAGAUCACGUUGGUAUUUGGUGAAGCAGCAGGUAAACAACCAUUGAAUAUAACAGAAGGUGAACUGGCGAAACUUCCCUUCAUCAAAUCCUGCAUCCUCGAGACCAUACGGCUGAGAUCUCCAGGAGCCAUUACCCGGAAAGUCCUUCAGCCCUUAAAAGUUUACGAGUAUGAGAUCCCCGCAGGCGACAUGCUAAUGUUAUCUCCAUAUUGGCUUCAUCGGGACCCAAAAUACUUUCCGGAACCACAGAUAUUCAGACCGGAACGUUGGAAAAAGGCAAAUUUAGAGAAGAAUGUUUUCCUAGAUGGUUUUGUAGCCUUUGGCGGAGGAAAGUUCCAGUGCCCGGGAAGGUGGUUUGCACUCAUGGAAAUCCAAAUGAUACUUGCUCUGAUGCUCUACAAGUAUGAAUUCCAGCUCUUGGAUCCCUUUCCCAAACAGAGUACUCUACACUUGGUAGGAACUCAGCAACCAGAAGGACCUUGUCGUGUACGGUUCAAACAAAGGGCAUGAAGAUAAAAACUGAUAAAAUGUCUUCAUAGAAGAGGCAUGCCUAAAAGACCAUCCACUAGAGAAUUUUUAGAUAUUUUUUUUAUGAAGAAUGAUUCAAUAAUUAAUUUUUCUGACCUAUCAGGUUUAAUAGUCACAUUAUAAUAAUGUAAUAAAGUAUAUUACAAA